AAGGCAGGUUCAAAUAUUUUCCAAAAAUAUUAUUAUUACUGUUUAAUUUAAAUUACAUAAAUAUGGACGGGUUAUUUAAGAAAACAAUGAACUUGCUGAACUCGGAUACGUUAACUCAAGAUGAAUUUGUUGGUAAAAUAGUUGAAGUGGCUGCAAUUAAGCUGAAAAUUCUUCGAAAAAUUGCUGAGGGAGGUUUCGCAAUUGUUUAUGUUGCCCGUGAUAUACAGAGCGGAAACGAUUAUGCUUUGAAACGACUUUUCGGUUCAGAUAAAGAUGAAUGUAAUAAUAUUAUUAAUGAAAUAAACAUCCACAAACAAGUUUCGGGGCACCCAAACAUUGUGAAAUUCAUCACAGCAUCGUUCAUUGACCGAACGCAGAGUGGAGGACGUGCUGAAUAUUUGUUGGUGACAGAGCUAUGUAAAGGUGGAUCACUUUACGAUUGCUUGGAGCAAACAAUUGAACCGCAAACUAUUCUCAAAAUCAUGUAUCAAGCAACAAAGGCAAUAGCUCAUCUACAUUCACUAAACAUCAAUCAUCGAGAUAUUAAAAUUGAGAAUUUUCUUAUUGGAAGUGAUGGUCUUCUUAAAAUUUGCGACUUUGGAUCAGCAACUCUUCAACAUCAUUCUCCAGAUCUUACUUGGACGACACAGCAAAGAAAUAAUCUUGAAGAAUUACUGCAAAAGUUCACAACUCCCAUGUAUCGUGCUCCGGAACAGUUAGAUACGUGGAAUAAUUAUCCUAUUGGAGUAAAGACAGAUAUUUGGGCUUUAGGAUGUAUUCUCUUCUGUUUAUGUUACAAGAAACAUCCUUUCGAAGACGCAGCAAAAUUAAGAAUCAUAAAUGGAAAUUACACAAUUCCAAGUGACUCACGCUUCAUUUGUUUCAAUGACAUCAUAAAAGGAUGUUUUAUGGUCGAUCCUAAUAAUCGAUUUGAUGUUUCAAUGGUGCUUGAACGUCUUGGUGCGAUUUCUGAGACGAAAAGUUGGUCAUUAAAAGGUCCAUUAGACAUCGUUGGAAAACCUUUAAUUUCUCCAACUCUAGAAAAUACAAAUCAAAGUUCUGGUCAAGUUCCAACACGUCCAGCACCACCAAGGCCAACAAGUAAUCCACAACCUAAAGUUGAAGUAAGGCAAAGUGUUAAUCCUUCUCCAUCUUCACAACAAUCUCAACAAGCUGCAACAUCAUCUGGCGGUGGCCUCUUCUCAUCAAUUAAAGGCGGUGCAGGAAGUUUUCUCAAAAACCUCAAAGACACUUCAUCAAAAGUCAUGCAGACAGUCCAACAAACAAUGACAAAAACUGAUCUUGAUGUCAGUUACAUCACACAAAGAAUCAUUGUGAUGCCAUGUCCAACAGAAGGUCUCGAAUCAGCUUACAGAACGAAUCACAUUGAGGAUGUUCGAAUGUACUUUGAGCAACGUUGUCAUCCGUCGAAAAUUAGUGUUUACAAUUUAGGUCCACGAUGUGCACGAUUACCUCCGCCUGUUCGAACUGUUGAAUGUGGAUUCAUUUAUCAACCAAAUCCACCAAAAGCUCCAACAUUAACUCACAUGUAUUCGUUAGCUGAAGACAUGUAUGGAUUCUUAAACAGUGAUUCGAAGAAUGUUAUUAUAAUUCAAAGCCCUGAUAAUGGUCGUGCAACUGCUUGUACAAUGAUUAGUGCUUUGAUGAUUUAUGCUCAACUCAUACGUGAACCUGAAGACGCAUUACAAAUGUUUGCUGUUAAGCGAAUUCCACCAAAUGUUAGAGCAUCAGAAAUCAGAUAUUUAUAUUAUAUGGCUGACAUUGUUCGAGCUCAUUUACCACAUUACAAACCGAUAACUUUGGUCUCUUUAAACUUUAGUCCCGUUCCAAGAAUGACAAAGGCAAGAGAUGGUUGUCGUUUGUAUAUUGAAGUUGUAGCAAAUGAUCGCGUUGUUGUCAGCACUUUACAAGAAUAUGAACGAAUGAGACUUUAUCAUGCAUCAGAAGGAAAAAUCAAUUUACCAUUAAAUAUAACACUUUGCGGUGAUAUCACAAUAACUUUGUAUCAUGCACGUAAUUCAAUCGCUGGAAUGGGCCGACCACAAGGAAUAAAAGUUUGUCAACUUCAAUUUCACAGCGGAUUUAUUCCAGAAGAAGAAACACUUUUAUCAUUCAAUCGAUCAGAACUUGACGAUAUUCCAGAUGUUGAACAUGUUCCAAACAAUUUUAAUUUAAGUAUUUCUGUUUUUGUUGGUGAUGAUGAGAGAGCUCCAGUUCAGUCACCUCCAUGGUCAUCACAGAAUAAUUCAACUCGUGAUUCAAAAAUUUUGUUCGUCUCACAAUUGGAAUUUGAUGAAAAUGUUGAUAAUUUUAUUUCAAAGCCAAGCAAUAAUAAUAACAACAACAACAGUCACGUCCCUCCACCAAGACCAGCUCCGCCUGUCAUUCAACAACAACAACAACAGGCUUCACUUAUAAAUGAAAUUGACGAUAAAAGUGAUAUUUCUGAAAAAGAAAUUGAAGCUUCAGAUCCACCAGUAGCUACAUUUGACUUCCUGAAUUUAGGUGGAGAAGAGAAAGAAAUUCCAAAUGAAGCACCAAAAAUUGCGAAAAUUAAGGAGCCGAGCUUUGAUUUGUUAGGUGGGUUUGAUAGCAACUUUAGUGAUCCAUUUCCUGACUUAGUUGGAAGUGCACUCAAUAAACCAACAGAACCGAUUAAAUCGAAUGUUGGAAGUGGUGGCUUGGAUGAUAUUUUUGGAUCGUUACCACAAACAUCAGCGCCACCAAUUGUUCCAAGUAAAUCAAGUAACGACUUGAACGGAUUGAACUUGAAUUUUGAUUUAGGAAGUUCAUCAAAAAGUUCAAGCCAAAAAGAAAAGACAAGUAAUGAUCCCUUUGCUGACUUAACGAAAUCUUUACAUCCUGAAUGGAGUGCUGGGGUAGCUCCAAAAACUACAACAAGUCCAAUGGGAACUCAAAAUUCAACUCCAAUGCAUCAAUUCACAUCACAUUCCGCUUCAGCUACGCCAAGAAAUCAUCCAUCAACGCCAGUUCAUCAGAUGAAAAGUCCCAGUGAACCACAAAGACCUGAUUACAGUCGUUCACACUUUCAAGAUCCACAACAACAGCAGCAACCACAAAACACGACACACAAGUCGAAGUCAACUGAUAUAUUUGGAGAUAUUCUUGGAUCGCAAGGAUAUUCGUUUGGAAGUAAAGAUAAUCAAGGGCCGAAAACGAUUAAUCAAAUGCGUAAAGUUGAACUAGCACAAACAAUGGAUCCGGAGAGAUUGAAAGUGAUGGAAUGGACGGAAGGAAAGAAAGGAAAUAUUCGAGCUUUACUUUGCACAGUUCAUACGAUUCUUUGGGCAGAUGCUAAAUGGAAGCCUUGUGAAAUGUCAACGUUGAUAUCAGCGAAUGAAGUGAAAAAAGCUUAUCGACGAUGUUGCUUAGCAGUUCAUCCUGAUAAAAAGAUCAACGUGAAAAUCCUCAAGACACGCAGAGGGUCGACAACGAGAAUCAAGCCAAACAUAAGAACUAUGAACUCAUCGGGCGGAAAAACGCCUUCGACGGCGAAACCCCCCGCCUACAAAGCCAACGCACUCGCAAUGAUUCGAGACGAAUUGUCGCAGUUCGCCAAUUCGGGCGAGUCGUCAUCGUCCGGCCAACAAUCGCCACAACCACCACAGAAUCAACAAACGUCAUCUCAGUCCCAACAGAACAUCGAUCGCGACGUUCUUCUCAUACGUCAAAUGCUCUCUCAAGUCGGUGUCGCUAACUUUGAGGAUGUUGCUCAACUAGCUCAUCGUCUCAAAUCACCGAACGGUCGUGAAUUCGUUGCAGAAUAUUUAAGUAAACAAAAUGAACAACUUAUGAACGGACAUAGUUCCAAGGCACCGGCACUUGUACCAAAACUUAUGCGUAAGCCAAGUAUAGAACGAGAAUUGCCGCCGUCAUCACUUCAUCUGCCACGUAACAGUCCUGCACUUGAUUCUGGCGCUGGAAGUUCCCGUUCUGAUAGUCCACAUUCAAAUCAACAAUUGUUAGCUAACAGCAGUCGAGCAACGAGCACAACCGGUGGCCAAUACUCACCAAGUCCAUGUCCAUCACACUCUAGUUAUAAUGAAAUACCUCCGGUGCCACCACCGCGAUGUGCUUCAUCUACCAGCUCAACUCCAUCACCUUUUCAACAAUAUUUUAAGCAACGAAUGUCACCAGCAACAGCUUCAGCGAAUCGUAAUGGUGUCCCAAUGCAAUCACAGAGUCCGGCACGUGGAACAUCACCGGUGGCAACAAAUGGGAUGCGACAGGGAAUGUUAGUGCAAGGAAGAACGCCUGCACAACAACAACAGCAACUUCAAGCUCUGUCACUCUAUCAAAAUGGCGGCUCACUGACUGAGCCACCUCCGCCGUACCCCAUAACAUCUCCUUUAGCACCACCAAGCUACACAGCAUCACUUCACAGUCGUCAGAGUCCAACUCAAGAUUACAGGAAGAGUCCAAGUUCAGGAAUUUAUUCAGGAACUUCAGUUGGUUCGGCUGGUUCACCAAGUCCAAUUACAGUGUCACAAGGAUCUGCUCAUAACUCAAUUUCAAGGCCAAUACCACUUGUGCCUGCUUGGAGCUCAUCACGACAAACAAAAACUCAACAUCCCAUAAUUAUGCAAUCGGUGAAGUCAACACAAGUACAAAAGCCAAUUCUUCAAACAGCAGUUGCACCAGCAGCACCAUCAACAGCUCCAACAACGCCAACAUCUGUAUCACAAGCUCCACCAUCUUAUCCAACGUCAUGGCAACAGAACAAAGUCGUUUUGCAUACACCACCACAAACACCACCAAUUAUUGGAGUUAGUUCUGGUAGCAGCACGAAAUCUCUUACGCCACCGUCAACACCGGGGCUUAGUAGUAAUGGCGGAACAAGUGGAAAUAAUUCACCAACAAUUCAUUCAAGUGAACCACCAUCAUAUGCAACAACAAUGAAAGCUUUAAGAGCUCAACAACCGCCACCAUCAACAUCGUCUCGUAAUCCACCGCCACCGUAUAAUAAUGGAAGUGUCAUCAGCAAUAACACCAACUACACUUCAUCAAGUUCUUCAGAGAUAUUGAACAACAAUAACAAUAACAAUAAUAACAAUAGUUUGAAUGUUAAUAAUGGCAAUUUGUUGACGACACCACCACUUCCAAAGUCAGCAAAGAAUCAUCAGAUUACGAUACAGAAAGCAAGUAAUGGUUCAUCAAAUAACAUGAAUGGAAGUACAGCGACUUCUAAUAAUGGUUCAAAUGCAAGUGAUAUGGCUUCAUCGGUGAGAAAGAUUAAACAUCAAUCGCCGAUACCUGAGAGAAAGAAUCUCAGUAAAGAAAAGGAAGAAGAACGUUUUGAGUGUAAAGUUCGUCACUAUUCACCACAAGCUUAUAAAUUCUUUAUGGAACAACAUAUUGAGAAUGUUUUAAAAUCUCAUAAGCAACGAAUGUUUCGACGUCAUCAACUUGAACGUGAAAUGACAAAGAUGAAGAUGCCAGAUGAAACAAAAGUUGAAAUGCGUAAGCUUUUAAAUCAAAAAGAAUCGAAUUAUAUUCGACUUAAACGUGCCAAAAUGGAUCGUUCAAUGUUUGUUAAAAUAAAGCCAAUUGGUGUUGGUGCGUUUGGUGAAGUUAAUUUAGUGCGUAAAAUCGAUACACCAAAUCAUCUUUAUGCGAUGAAAACACUUCGAAAAGCCGAUGUGUUAAAGAGAAAUCAAGUUGCACAUGUAAAAGCAGAACGAGAUAUUUUAGCUGAAGCAGACAAUGAGUGGGUGGUGAAAUUGUAUUAUAGUUUUCAAGAUAAGGACAGUUUAUAUUUUGUUAUGGAUUAUAUUCCUGGGGGCGAUCUGAUGUCACUUCUCAUAAAGAAAGGAAUCUUUGAAGAAGAACUUUCACGUUUCUAUAUUGCUGAACUCACAUGUGCCAUUGAUAGUGUUCAUAAAAUGGGUUUUAUUCACAGAGACAUCAAGCCUGACAAUAUUUUGAUAGACAAGAAAGGACACAUUAAGCUUACAGAUUUUGGUCUUUGUACUGGCUUUCGAUGGACGCAUGAUUCCAAAUACUAUCAGAAGAAUGGCGAUCAUGCGAGACAAGAUUCGAUGGAAGCAUGGAGUAAGCAUGGAGGGCCCGACGCUCCACCACUUCCACCACCAUUAGAAAGGAGAAAGUUUCGUGAAAAGAAUCGCGCGAAAGCUCAUUCAAUUGUCGGUACUCCAAACUAUAUUGCUCCUGAAGUUUUAUUACGAAGUGGCUACACGCAACUGUGUGAUUGGUGGAGUGUGGGUGUUAUUUUAUAUGAAAUGCUUGUAGGUCAACCGCCGUUCUUGGCAAACUCAGCUGAAGAAACGCAAUACAAAGUGAUACAUUGGCGACAAACACUUCGAGUCCCUCCACAAGCGAAUUUGUCACCGGAAGCUUCGGAUAUCAUUCUUCGGUUAUGUAAAAAUGAAGACGAGCGCAUUGGAAAGGAUGUUGAUGAGAUUAAAAGUCAUCCGUUCUUUAAUCAAAUUGAUUGGACGAAAGAGUUACGUAGCCAGCAAGCGCCUUUCGAGCCUCGAAUCAUUCAUCCAACCGACACGUCUAACUUCGAUCCAAUCGAUCCAGAAAAGCUUCGUGACAGUAACAGUGGAGCAGACGAUUCAUUUGAGAACGAUGUUAUCGAAGGAAAGCCUUUUCAUCACGGCUUCUUUGAGUUUACAUUUCGGCGAUUUUUUGAUGACGAAGCGGAUUAUAAAAUUUCUUUAGAUGGUAACGACAAUAAUAAAGCCGGCGCCAUUUACGUGUGACCGCAAUCAUUGACGACGAACAUACAACAUCCAACUCACCCACCGAAUAUUCGUCGAAACUUUCAAUUUAAAUAUCUUUUCAUGCUCUUGUGAUCGAAGUUGUAAAAUCAUUUACACGCUAGUCAAAACAAAAAGAAAGGAAAAAGAAAGUUUUCUUCUUCUGAGGGAUUGAAACUCACUUCAAAUUAUAUUUUAGUUUCAGUCCCCGCUGUGACCAAAGCUUUCAAUGAAGCUUUUCAAAACUUGAUGUCAAGGAAAUGUCGUGAGUUUUCACGAUAAACGACCAAACGAAUUGACAUGAAACUUAAGAAAUGUUCGUUUAAAUGCUGCAAAUGUUGUGAGAACCUCAACAUAAUGGUCAGAAAGGGAGAAGAAUCCUUGAACGAGUCAACAAUCUGAUUGCGUCAUUUUACCCCAGUUCAUUUGUACAUAAAGUUAUUUUUCUAGAUGAAAAGUUUUCUGUGGGAAAUUCACCACGAAAAAUUUUUAUCGGUUUCCUUUUGCUUCUCUUGAUUCUUGAUUAAGUAAAUAUCUAAGCCACGACGAUUAAUUAAUUAAACUCAAGAUUUUAUCGAGAGAAUGAAAAAAAGAAAAUUCAAUUUAAAUUGCCUUCAAAUGUGCCUUUUUUUUGUUAAUGUAAAACGAUGAUGGAAAAUCUAAUUGAAAUCUGAUGAUAGCAUUGUGUAAUUAAAUAUUUAAUUUAAAUGUUCUCCCGUUUUAAUAUUUAAAAAAUAAUAAAAAAAUACUUUUUGUAAGAUUUAUUUUCUUUCUUAAUGUGAAGGUGAAAGAAGAAAAGAAAAAUUUAAGAAAAAUGUUGAUUUUUUGUAGAAUAACAAAACAAUAAAAUGUUGAAUGAAAAUCAAUA